AUGGUGAAACCUGGUCGUGAUAUUGUCGUAUUUACUUCACCUCCGCUUGCAGACGACAUCGUGCUCAUAACACUGAACAUCGUGCAGGCGGAACGAAUGCUGGCCGAGUUUGACAGUGCUUGUGGAAAGAUCGGCUUGAGACUGAAUUUAACGAAGACGGCGUUCAUGAAACACGGAUUGCGUUCUCAACGCGCUUUGGAAAGGACGAAGCUCGGAAUUUCCCUAUACGUGCAAGUGCAGAAGGGAAUCCGGAGUUCGGAGCUCCGCCAUCGAACGGAGAUCACGGAUGCCGUUGAUUACACCAAGAAAUCGAAGAUAAGGUGGGCCGGACACGUUAUGCGAUAUAGCGAUGACCGCUUGACCGGGGCGGUAACGGAAUGGAUCUCUCGGGACAUCAAACGAACUCCAGGACGGCCGCCAACGAGAUGGUCUGACUCCUUCACGAUAGCUCUGAACGAAAGGAAUGUUGUAUCUCGUGUCCCUAAAGCGAGGACGAUUCACUGGAUCACUCUGACUCAUGACAGGGACGAAUGGAGACGUUACUGGCGCCCGCUCGAGGCGGUCGAGGGUCAACGGGACGGCAUGCUACAGGUGAGGUGA